GGAAACGAAAAGAGUAAGAGAGAGGAGGAGAAGAAGAUGGAGAGAAAGAGAGAUACAAUCGUCCUGUAUCCAUCUCCGGGGAUGGGCCACCUUAUAUCGAUGGUCGAGCUUGGAAAGCGCAUACUUUCCAUCACCCCUGCCUUUUCCACCAUCUCCAUCCUCAUCCCUGAAGCCCCUUUCAACACUGGCUCCACCGCUCCUUACAUCCACCACGUCACAACUUUCCAUCCAUCCAUCACCUUCCACCACCUCCCUUCCCCCAUCUCUCUCUCUAACUUCUCCUCCCCUUCUCCACACCACGAAACCCUCAUAUUCCACCUCGUCCAACUCAACAACCCAAACGUCCUUCAAACCCUCAAAUCCAUCUCCCUAUCUUUCUCCAUCCGCGCCCUUGUCUACGACAUGUUCUGCGCUACUGUCAUCGACGUCACUACCCAGCUCAACAUCCCUACCUACUGCUUCUUCACUUCAGGCGCUGCUGUCCUUGCUGCCUUCCUCUACUUCCCUACCCUCCAUCGCCUCCACUCCACCAGCUUCAAAGACCUCCAAUCCCCUCUCCACGUGCCAGGCGUGCCACCCUUCCCAGCUUCCGCCAUGCCUCUCCCCAUUCUCGAUCGCAACGACGAAUCCUACCAUGGCUUCUUGCACGCCACUUCUCAGAUCCCCAAAUCCAGCGGCAUCAUCGUCAACUCCUUCGACGCGCUCGAGCCCCGAGCCAUGAAGGCCAUCUUGGAUGGAUCCUGCGUUCCAGAUGGUCCCACACCGCCCGUCUAUUGCAUCGGGCCGUUGAUCGCACCCGGUGACAGUUCUGAUAAGUCCGAUUGCCUGGCGUGGCUCGACUCGCAGCCGCGGCGGAGCGUAGUGUUCUUGUGCUUCGGUAGCUUGGGGCUGUUCUCGGCUGCGCAGCUGAAGGAGAUAGCAGUGGGGCUGGAGAAGAGCAGGCAGAGGUUCUUGUGGGUGGUGCGCAGUCCACCCACAGAAGACAAGAGCAAGCGCUUUUUAGCACCGCCAGAGCCCGAUUUGGACGCUUUACUGCCGAAAGGCUUCAUGGAGCGGACUAAGGAUAGAGGAAUGGUGGUAAAGUCGUGGGCCCCACAGGUGGCCGUGUUGAAACGGGAAUCGGUAGGUGGGUUCGUGACUCACUGCGGUUGGAACUCAGCUUUGGAAGCAGUGUGCGAGGGGGUUCCAAUGCUUGCCUGGCCCCUCUAUGCAGAGCAGCACAUGAAUAGAGUUUUUAUGGUGGAAGAGAUGAAGAUUGCUCUCCCAUUAGAAAUGGAUGAUAAGGGGUUCGUGAACGCGUCUCAGUUAGAGAGAGGGGUUCGAGAGCUUAUGGAAUCAGAACAAGGAAAGGCCCUCUCUCAAUGGCUUUUGGCUAUGAAAGAGAGUUCGAUGGCAGCUAUGAGUGAGGGGGGUUCUUCUUAUACUGCCUUAACUGAGUUAGCCCAGUUAUGGAUCGGAGGUUGAGAGGAAUCAUCUCUUCUUAUCUUUAUUUCUUUUCAUUUUCAUGUAAUUUAUAUGUUGAAAAAUCAUUAUCUGAAUGUAAUUCUAAACUUGUGGUGAUGCUCCAUCGCUACAUUAUUGCCUG